AUGUUACGCAGUACAUUGCAAAAAGCAGCUACAGCUACUAAACGAUGCGUUCAUAUAGGAAAUCCUCCGAAUUCGGCCCAAGCUGCCAAACCGGCAGCUCAGCAAAACUUACUAGAAGUGUUUAUAGAUGACAAGAAAGUAUUAGUCGAACCUGGAACCACAGUAUUGCAGGCUGCCGCUAUGGUUGGCGUUGAAAUACCAAGAUUCUGUUAUCACGAACGUCUAGCAAUCGCCGGUAAUUGUCGUAUGUGUUUAGUGGAAAUCGAAAAAUCGCCUAAACCAGUGGCAGCUUGUGCUAUGCCAGUUAUGAAUGGUUGGAGAGUGAAGACAAAUUCGGAUAUGACUCGUAGAGCCAGAGAAGGCGUAAUGGAAUUCUUGCUCGUAAAUCAUCCUUUAGAUUGUCCCAUUUGCGACCAAGGAGGUGAAUGCGAUCUCCAAGAUCAAAGCAUGGCUUUUGGAAGUGAUCGGUCACGGUUUACUGAUAUCGAUCAUUCGGGAAAAAGAGCUGUCGAAGAUAAAGAUAUCGGACCUUUAGUUAAAACGAUUAUGACAAGAUGUAUUCACUGUACUAGAUGCAUUCGGUUUGCAUCUGAAGUAGCCGGUGUUGACGACCUAGGUACUACUGGUCGAGGUUCCGAUGUGCAAGUCGGUACCUAUAUCGAAAAAAUGUUCUUAUCGGAAUUAUCCGGAAACGUCAUCGAUCUAUGCCCGGUCGGAGCUCUUACUUCUAAACCAUAUUCCUUUACUGCCAGACCAUGGGAAACGAGAAGAAUCGAGAGUGUCGAUGUUUUAGACGCCGUAGGCAGUAAUAUCAUCGUAUCCAUGCGUACGAACGAAGUGAUGAGAAUCUUGCCUUUGUUGAACGAAGGUGUGAACGAAGAAUGGCUCGCCGACAAAUCUAGAUUUUGUUACGAUGGCUUGAAAAAUCAACGUUUAGCUUUCCCCAUGCUAAAAGACAAAUCUGGUCAACUCGUCGCUGUGGAAUGGGAAGACACAUUGAAAAUUGCUUCUAAAGCAUUAAACGAAGCCAAUGGAAAGAUCGUUGGAAUUGCUGGUCCUUUCGUUGAUGCUGAAGCUUUAAUCGUGUUUAAAGAUUUAUUGAAUAGAUUAGGCAGUGAACACGUCUACACCGAAAAACCAUUUCCUUUAGAAGGAGCUGGUACCGAUAUUCGGUCUAAUUAUUUACUGAAUAAUAAAAUCACUGGUAUCGAAGAAGCGGAUGUUGUUUUAUUGAUUGGAACGAAUCCUAGAUUCGAAGCACCGCUUAUUAAUACCAGAUUACGUAAAGCUUAUGUACACGGUGAAUUAGAAGUAGGCCUCGUUGGCCCCAAAGUUGAUUUAACUUACGAAUAUGAGCAUUUAGGAGAUUCGACUUCGGUUUUGAACGAUAUCUUAUCAGGAAAGCAUCCAUUCAGUAAGAAAAUUUCGGCCAGUAAAAAACCAUUAAUCAUUUUGGGUGCUCAAGCAUUCAGCCGUUCCGACAGCAGUGCUCUAUAUUCUGUAGUGCGACAAUUAGCGCAAAAAGUAUCGCAACAUUGCAAGACCGAUCCCAGUUGGAAAAUAUUCAAUGUUUUACAAGAAGCCGCAUCUCAAGUAGCAGCUUUAGAUUUAGGUUAUAAACCUGGUAUCUCUGAUUUGAAAUCGUUAGCUCCAAAAGUAGUGUAUCUAUUGGGCGCUGAUGACUCUCCCGUAUUGAAAGAAAAAUUACCCGAAGGAACCAUCGUCAUUUAUCAAGGUCAUCAUGGAGAUAAUGGAGCUGAAUUAGCCGACUUCAUUUUCCCCGGAUCUACGUAUACUGAAAAACAAGGAACUUAUGUAAAUACCGAAGGUAGAGCGCAACAAACCCUAAACGCUGUAACUCCCCCUGGAUACGCUCGUAAUGAUUGGAAAAUUCUGAGAGCUUUAUCAGAGGUCGCCGGACAUACUUUGCCAUAUGAAUCAUUACAAGAAGUACGAGAUCGACUUCAAGAAGUUUCGCCUAAUUUAACUCGAUACAAUAAAGUCCAAGAAGUCAGCUUCGAUAAUAAAGCUGUUGAGCUAAGCCAGCUCGUUAAAGCAAAUUUAGGAAAUGCUCCAAUAGACGUAAAACUAAAAAAAUUGGAAGAUUAUUAUAUGACUGAUGUCAUAUCGAGAUCAUCGGUUACCAUGUCUAAAUGCGUUCAAGCGGUUUUAAAACAAAAACAAAACAAAUAUUACGAUGGUAAAGAAUGAAAUGAAAAAAUUAUUUCGUUGUAAUGUUUUAUUGAACUCGAUUUCGCUUUCGUGUACCGCUCGUGUAUAUGUAGAAAUGUUUCUAAUAGUUAAUCUACACGAUAAUAUAUUAUUUGUAUUGUUUCA